AAAAGAAGUAUCAAAUGAUAAGAGAUUUUUUGAAUUGAGCGCCAUCUGAUAUUAUGGCACUCGGACUACUCCCAUUCUCAAAGGAGUACAUCGACAUGAACCUCUCCGUAGUUUGUUUGCGUUCAUCGGCUGUAUGUAUGAAUUUGGUAGUGUUCGCAGGUUACAAUAAAGCAGAUAAUUUUUCAAUUAAAGUUGACUUAAGAUUGGAAUCGUAGUGUAGUGUGCGAAAACGAAUUAUCGCCGGAUACGGAAUCCAUAACUGUUUAAUGGAUCCGACUAUCGGUUGGUAUCAACCGGAGCAGUUCGGCCCUGCUAAGGACUUAUGGUUACACAUUUGGGAAGCUGAGAAAGGUCUCGAUAUCUUAACCCUGAAGAACGAUUCGUCGUCAAACGUAAUGGGCGUUAAGAUGCAGCAGGAUUUUAUAGCUUUUGAUUCGGUUAAUAAUCGUUCGGUGGCGAGUGGCCAGCAAAAUACUUGCAAUAGUUAUUAUAACCCAUCACGUAGGAAAGGUGAUAAUCGUGCUAGUACCUACGGCAUGAACUACAAUUAUGAUGCAUUGGUCGGGGAAUACGGUGGAUGCCCGUGGCGUGUGCCUAAUAAACAUUAUUCUAAAGGAGUUAUUGGGUUACAUGAAGAAAUAGAAGAUUUCUUCUCGUACAUGUGUCCAUCCAAUGAAGAACAUAGUUUAAGAGUGCGAGUGGUUAAACGUAUAGAGCAAGUAAUAUACGAUCUUUGGCCGGAUUCAAAAGUUGAAGUGUUUGGAAGUUUUCGAACAGGUCUAUAUUUACCCACUAGUGACAUAGAUUUAGUUGUAAUUGGAAUGUGGACAAAUCUUCCACUGCGUACGUUGGAACGUGCUUUAUUAGAUCAAAACAUUGCUGAGCCAUCUUCAAUAAAAGUUUUGGAUAAGGCAAGCGUUCCAAUAGUUAAACUAACUGAUAAAGAAACAGAAAUAAAAGUAGACAUUAGUUUUAACAUGAAUAACGGUGUUAAAUCGGCUGAGUUGAUAAACUCAUUUAAAAGACGAUUUCCUGUACUAGAAAAGCUUGUUAUGGUACUAAAACAGUUUUUGUUACAAAGAGAUCUUAAUGAAGUAUUUACUGGUGGUAUUUCUUCAUACAGUUUGAUACUUAUGACCAUCAGUUUUUUGCAAUUACAUCCUAGGCAAAAUGCUUAUUGCUCAAGUUCUAAUCUAGGAGUAUUGUUGAUUGAAUUUUUGGAACUGUAUGGUAGGAAAUUCAAUUAUGUUAAAACAGGCAUUCGAGUUAAGGAUGGUGGUACUUACAUAUCUAAAGAAGAGGUUCAACGAGACAUGAUAGAUGGACAUCGACCUUCUUUAUUAUGCAUCGAAGAUCCACUUACACCUGGUAAUGACAUAGGCCGUAGUAGUUAUGGUGCACUGUAUGUAAAAGAUGCAUUCGAUUGGGCAUAUUAUGUUCUUUCUCAGGCAGUCAGUCCUUUAAAUAUUCUAGUUAAUGAUGCAAAUAAAGUAAGUAUAUUGGGAAGAAUAAUUCGUGUGACAGAUGAAGUAAUAGAAUAUCGUAGAUGGAUCAAGGAAACAUUCCCAGUUCCGUUAAGUGAGGUCGACUCGUUGUCCAGUUCAACUGGUUCCGAUGCAUCCACUCUUUCAGCACCGGCAAGUGAUACGGAUUCCGAAUGUAGUCGUGGAAAUUCACCUAAUACAGGUGGAAAAGGAGAGGAGAAUACUAAAGAGAGACAUGUAUAUAAUAAUCAACAAGCUCAUCAUCAUUCGAACUGGAAGAAACCUUUUAAAGGGACUUCUCAUUUAAAUCAUCAGCACAGUUCAAGGGGAAAUUAUCGUGGUAUAAAUAAUAAUAUUGGUGGACAGAAUAAAAUAAAACAUAAUCUUCACAGUAAUGGUAGUCAUAAUAAUAGCACUAGUCACAGUCCAAAUUCAAGACCACACACAUUGAAGAGGAAGAAACAAUGCGUGGCACAGCGUGGCCCGGGAGAUUGUGUACGGUGAUGAAUUGUGCAAAGUAAUUUUGAACAAUGUUAAAAAGAAAAGAAAAACAAGAAAAUAUCACUUAAGACACGAGGUUUAAUAUUUAUAAUCGUGUGAUAUAUUAUGAAAGCGACAGCAAAUCAUAUUUGUCACAUAUAUAAACUAAAUCAUUCUGUCGCGUCAUCAUUCUCGUAAGUUUGUCUCCAUUAAGUCUGCAGAAGGGGUUAAAUAUUUACAAUUAAGCAUUUGCAAUUCGAAUACGAUAUUAUUCUUGACAGUACAAAAGAUACCCCUGAAGUAGCUAUAUUUUUCAUUUUUCCAAGAAUUAAUAUUUCACUCCUGUACGACAGAGCUUGUAUACCAAAGACGCGCGUACAGAAUUGUAAUAUAAUUCUAAUUAGGCUAGGUUCAAUUUUCUUUGCAUUAAUUGCACAUAUUGCACAUAAAAGUAUAAAAAGGAAAAAAGAAAAAAAGAAAAAAAGGAAAAAGAAAAAAAAUAAUAACAUAACAAUAUUUUGUUAAAUAUUGUUUCUUCUCUAGCAUUACACAUACACAACACACACUUAUUGCCACCUUUGAAUAGCAAUUGUGUUCAUACCCGGUUUAAAAAAAAAAGAAAUUAAAAAGAAAUGAAAACACUCAUUGUAAUACAUUUAUAUAUAUAUAUAUGAUACGAUUGAUAUUCACGAGUAUUAGUUGCGAUAAAUUUUUCUGAAAAAUUUCACAAAACUGUAAAACAACUUGCUCUUGUAGUUAUGAUAAAGACUUAGUUUUCUAUAUGAAACUAUAUUCUUAUAAUAAGCGAGGGUAAGAGAAAAAAUGGUGAUAUUGGGACUUACCUAAUGUAAAUAUUGUAAUAUACAUAAUCAAACAUAGAAAAAUAAGUCUAACAGUUA